CUGCUCUACGACGCGCGCAUCUGGGUCCUGGCGCCGCGGGCCGACAUCACCAAUCGGGCGAGGGCAGUCGCUUUCUUCGCGAUCAGCUCCGCGGGCGGUUCAACGUACUACUACAGAGCGAAGCCUCGCGCUAAGUGCUCGUUCCGUGUCUUCCUCGGCCUCGAGUCCGGGGCCGCGGGGGAGAUGUGCGACAGCGGCAAGGCUUGCAUGCGAUGCCCAUGCUCUGCUAGAAUUGCGGAGGAGAGCGGCGCGUUCGCCAGCGAGGAGGCCGGGCGCCGCCUGUUGUUGGUGGCGCAUCUAUUAUACUUCGACAGCGGCCGCUUCGAGGCGCCGGAGAUCGGCCUGGGCGACCUGUUCGCGCCCUUCGUCGUCGAGGGCGCCAGGUUCACGCUCGGGGGGGGGGGCUCGUCCAGGGCGGGCGCGGCCGGCGAUGGCCCAGGGGCGGGCUUCGAGCAGGCCGAGUGGCAUGGGCGAGCGGGGCGUGCGUGGCGAGCGCGUCCGAGGGCCACGGGGUCGAACGACUUCAGGCGCGAGGUCAUGGAGAGAGCGAAUCGGAAUAGAGUAACCGCUUCGCGCAGUCAACGCCUGCUGGAUGCUGAGCCCGAGGAGUCGGUCGAGAGCGUGCUGCAGAUCGCCGCCCAGGCAGGCGGCGCCCCCCGUGCGGCUCUGAGCGAGGCCAGGGCUUUGCAGCCCUCGCUCAACUCCAGGCGCCGAGCAAGGUCCCGAGCCGACGAGGACGCGCUGAACCAGUUUGAUGUUGAGGAUAC